AUGGUGGCAGCGGCCGCCAUUGUCCGCGCUGCGUUCGCAUCGGGUGCGGCGCCGCCUCCCGGCAGGUUGCGCGCGUGCUCGCGGUGCCACGGGGAGGGCGGGCUGUACACGCGGGGAAAGCGGCGCUCAGGUGGCGCCGCGGCCGUGAUCCGCCGGCCGUGCGCGGCCUGCGGCGGCAUCGGGCUCGUCGAUGGAAUGCUGCCUCCGCCGCGACAUGAACCGGGGCCCCGGGACCGUGCGUUUGUCGGCACCGUAGCCAUUGCUGGCGGCGGCAUCGGCGGCGCCGCAGCGGCGCUGGCGCUGCAGCAGCGCGGCUUCCGCGUGGUCGUGUAUGAGCGCGACUCAAACUUUGACCAGCGCGCGCAGGGUUACGGCCUCACGAUGCAGCAGGGGGCGACUGCGCUGGCGCAACUCGGCCUGCCCAAUGAGGGCGUCUUCUCGUAUGCCCACUCCUCCUUCCUACCGGACGGAACGCUCCUCGGGGAGUAUGGGCGGGGCGUGCACGAGAGCACGCGCGAGCGGAUGGGCAACGGGAGAGGGAAGGCUCAGCGGCGCAACGCCCACAUCCCGCGGCAGGCUCUGCGGGCGGCGCUUCUCGACCCGCUCCUGCCGGGGACGGUGCGGUGGGGCAAGGCAAUCGCUCGCUUUGACGCCGGCGACUCGGGCGUCAUCCUGCACUUUGAGGACGGCUCGCCACCCGAGCGCGCCGCGCUCCUCGUCGGCGCGGACGGGAUCCGGUCGCGAGUGCGCGAGCAGCUGCUCGGCGCGGCACCGCUCGAGUACCUCGGCGUCGUCGUUGUGCUCGGGCGCUCGCGCACGUCUCACGCUGCGGCGAACGAGCGAGUCUUUCAGACCCUCGACGGCGACACGCGCCUGUACGUGAUGCCGUUCGAGGCCGGCGUUGCGAUGUGGCAGCUCUCCUUCCGACUGGGCGAGGCGGAGGCGCGGGCGAUUCAGACCCUAGACGGCGCAUCGCUCCGCGCCCUCGCCCUACGCCGGCACGAGCCGAUCCCGCAGCUGCUGCAAGACACCGCGGCCGCGGACAUCACCGGCUAUCCAGCCUACGACCGGCCUUGCCCCGCCGCCCUCCGACAGCCCACCUCUGCCGGCGAGGCGCUCGGAGGGCUGGGUGGUGAGGCGGGUGGCGAGGUGCCGCCACCGACGCUUGCCACGGAGACACGGGUGCGCGCGCCGGUCGCGGGCGGCGGUGGCGGUCUCACCCUCAUCCCCGGUCCCUCGACGCUCCGCUGCCAGGCCCUCCUCGACGGGAUCGCCCUCGCCCGCGCCCUUCGCUCCCACGAGCUUCGCGGCGACGCGCAUGUCUCGCUUGGCGCGGCGCUUUCCAUGUUCGAGGCAGACAUGCUCGAGCGGGCGCGCCGCAAAGUGCGUGCGUCGCGCGACGCGGCGGAGCUGCUGCACUCGCCCGAGGCGAUGGCAAAGUCGAAUUCGACGCGCGCGCGGUCGGCGAGGGACAAGCGGCAGCUCGAAUCCACUACAGCAGCAGAAGAGGGGCGGGGGGGCGGUAUAGCUUGA